AUGUCUUACCAAUCUGACGAAAAUGAGUUUCUUAGAGCCCUAGGGAUAUCUGCGGAUGGCCUGCAAAAAGAAUCUUCAAAUCCAACCCUAUGUAAAAAAAAGAAGAAACCGACGGCAUAUGACGAGUACAUUAAAUUGUGCCGAAGGAUUCGAAUAGAAAUGUUGAGUAGACCUAUGUGUCGGAAAUUGCGACCAUGGCCAAAUCCAAAACUCGAGGGACCUUUUGUGAUUUCUCGUGCCGCUCUUAAAGCCAAACUUACAGAUAGAUUGGAAUAUUUAGCAAUACCAAAAAUAGAAAACGAUAGUUGGAGAAGCUAUAACUCUCCAACUAGGCCACCAGGAAACAAAAUAAAAAUAAUUACUGAUCGAUUAAUCGAACUGUCUCGGCCGAGACCGUUUAUAGAUGAUAUGGAUGAAAAAAUUGUAUCAACUCGUUUUAAAAGCAAAAUUGAAUGGCUCACUUAUUUGAAAAAGCUCAAAAUAUUUGGUGCACCCAGGCGAGCGCCACCAAGCCCACUGGCGCCAAAAAGAAAGAAAAAACCAUUAGAAGCAAUUAUGACACAUCUAGAACCUUUGUCCCGACCCGUCAAUCGUCCCCCGGAUAUGAAUGAAAAGACAUAUGAAGAAUUAUACACGAUUAAAAGUUCAACUCUGAAACAUAACGCCAGUGAUAGAACUAAAAAUUUGGCUGUUGCUAAGCAAUUAAACGAAAGUACUUUGAUGGAUAUAAACUACGAUCCACGAGACAAACUCAUUCAUGCAAAAAAAUAUAUUGGUAACUUAUGUCACGAUAUGAUUAUAAUAUGCGAAAGUUAUAGUUAUACUUGUAGAAAAUAGUGAAAACGGUUAACACGGUAUGUAGGUAGGUAGUGUCAUUUACCUUUAGAUAUUUUACUUUAUACAAGAUACAAAUACAAUACAAUUUAAGUAUUGAUUUCGAAAAAACCUUGUGUAGAAUGUUAAAGCAUAAACUAACAAUAGGCAUUACAAUGAAAUAAUAUUCUUAUCUUAUUGUUAUAUUAAAUAUACAUUUAUAAACGUACAUAAG